GGGUCGUCCUUGCGCAAAAUGUUAUAAGUGUCGUGAUUGGCAUUUUACUGGCAAUCGCGACGAUUGGAAUUGGAUAUGUAAUUACAACAAUUGGCGUGAUGAAGAUUGGGAGCGUUGGAGAAAUGAUCGUGACAAGCUUUUCAAGAAGCGUGAUGGUGCAACAUGUAUUUAUCGUUUUAUUGGUGGUAUUAUUCGUUUUCAUCUCUGCUUAUGCGAGAUGCAUUAA